GAUUAAGAUGUGUGGGCGAGAGCUGAUUCGUCUGGCUGUCUCUACCUGUGGGAACUCCCGGCUGAGGAGAAGCAUCCUGGACACAGAACUGGGUGAAGAUCAUCACACCUCUGACUGGGGCAAGGACUCCUCAACGGAACAGGACCAGCCUUCAGAAACUCCUCUACAGUCUGAUGAAGACAAGGUGGUCUCUUUGGCUCCUCAGUGGGACCCCCCGAUGUCGCUGGUCAGACGAGCUGCUGGAAAAAUUUCUGAUAUUUGUUGUGAGAAAGGAUGCAGCAUGAAAGAGCUGAUUCAGUUUUGCUAAAAGCUCUCAAACUGGUCUGGAUCAAGAUGCUAUACUGGGCUGUGAACUCAUGACAGAUAUUUAAUAAAGUACAUAUAUUUGAAAAUGCAAGUUUAUAGUUUUAUAUAUUUUAAAAUAUUAAAACUUGUAAAAUAA